CGGGCUCCGUCCUCCACACCAGCCCAGGAGCCCCAGUCCUGAGAGAGACUGGCUGGUGUCUGGCGGAGGCCCCGAGGCGCACGGUUCCGUAAAGAAUCUUUCCUGUGCGGGACCUUAGCUUGGCCUGGGAGAGGAGGAGCGGAGGAAAUGGAGGAGGAAGCCUACGCGGGCUGAGAUUUCCUUGCUCACCGCCCCCCCCUCCGCCCCAGGCUGGCUUCUAAAGCUACGCCACUGGAGGGAUCCUGUACCUCCGAGCUGCCUCCUUCCUGGGUCGGCCUCUGGCGUCCUAGCCCUGAGGCAGCUCACCUGCAGGACACUUGGUUGGUGAGCAGUGUUGGACCAGCCGUUCUUCUCUGUCAGUCAGCCAACUCCAUCUGGGGCUCCCAUGGCCUGCUUGGGUCCUGUGUCCUCAUCCACAGUCCUGAAAACCACCUUAGGGGUUAGCUCAUUUGCAUAUCAAUGCACAGCUGGCUGUGUCCUCUGGUUGCCACAGUGAUGUCAUCAUUGCUAGAAAACAUGAAGGAAUUAAAGGAGCCCAGGCAGCGCAAAGAUAACAGGCGCCCAGAUUUGGAAAUCUAUAAACCUGGUCUUUCUCGACUAAGGAACAGAAGCAAAAUCAAAGAGCCUUGUGGGAGUGAGGAAUUUAAGGAUGAAACUGUGAACGACAGAGAUUCUUCUGCUGGAAAUGGUACAAUGCUUAAUAAAGGUGUCUGCAGGGAACUGGACCACCAACAGCAAAAUGGUCCUGUAGACCCAGAAAAUAAUCAGGCGCCAGAAGUAUUUCCUAAGACUGUUGGACUAGAGGAUCGAAGUCUUAGAAUUAUCAAGAGGACAAAGAAACCAGACCUUCAAAUCUACCAGCCUGGACGGCGUUUACAGACUAUUACUAAAGAGUCAGCUGGCCACAUGGAUGAGGAAGAAAUCCUCAACCAGGUGGAACAGUUGAGGAUAGAGGAUGAUGACUGUAAGGGAAAAGUUGUAAAAGAGGAAGUCAUGAAUAAACUAGAUAAAACUGAGGCAGAAAAGAACCAGAAUAAUGACCGAGUAAGGACUGCAAGGGGAGAAAAAGGAAAAAAGGUUGAAAAGCGGGAAGGGACAAUGAAAGGGAAUGAUGAUGACCCUUCCCAGGGAAAGCCAGGUUCUGCAAAGCGCUACUCUCGCUCAGACAAACGAAGGAACCGCUAUCGAACAUGCAGUACCAGCUCAGCUGGUAGCAACAACAGUGCUGACCUGACUGAUAAUGGAUGUCGACGUCGGCGCCAGGAUCGGAUCAAGGAGAGGCCGAGACUGAAGAAGCAGGUGUCUAUGUCCUCCACUGAUUCCUUUGAUGAGGACAGAAUUGAUGAGCCUGAUGUAGGAUCAAGGAGGAGCUCAGAAAGGAAGAAGCAUUUAGAAGGAAACUGGUCCGGCCAUGGAGAGAGUGAACAGAAAAGCAAUGGUAAAGAAAAUCGAGGCUCCCUUCAUGUCACUUUUGAUGCAGAAACCAUGAAUAAAGAUGCCCCCAUGGUGAGAUCAGCCAAAGAAAAUAUGGGUGGAAUAAAGCCUGACAAAGGCUUAAGCAGUGGAGGCAAAGGCUCUGAGAAGCAAGAGUUCAAAAACCCAAAACAAGAACUUAAGAGUCGUGGUCGUGGCAUUCUGAUUCUGCCUGCACAUACUGCCCUGUCUGUUAAUUCAGCAGGUUCUCCAGAGUCUACACCUUUGGGACCUCGACUUCUAUUUGGAUCUGGUAAUAAAGGAUCUCGAAGUUGGGGCCGAGGGGGUACCACUCGCCGACUGUGGGACCCAAACAAUCCUGAUCAGAAACCUGCUUUAAAGAGCCAGACACCCCAGCUACAUUUUUUGGACACUGAUGAUGAAGUCAGCCCUACAUCUUGGAGUGACUCACGUCAGGCCCAAGCAUCUUACUAUAAAUUUCAAAACUCUGACAACCCCUAUUAUUACCCUCGGACACCAGGCACUGCCUCCCAGUAUCCCUAUACAGGGUAUAGUCCUCUACAAUACCCUGUGGGCCCUGCAAAUAGUGUGUAUCCAGGGCCUUACUACCCAGGCUACACAACCCCCUCAGGACAGUAUGUAUGUAGCCCUCUCCCUGCCAGCACCAUGAGUCCUGAAGAGAUAGAGCAGCAUGUGAGGAACAUGCAGCAGCAGGAGCUACAUAGGCUUCUCCGAGUGGCUGACAACCAGGAACUGCAGCUCAGCAACCUGCUCUCUAGGGACCGCAUCAGUACUGAAGGCAUGGAGAAGAUGGCUCAGCUCAGAACUGAACUGCUGCAGCUGUAUGAGCGCUGUAUUCUGUUAGAUAUCGAAUUCUCUGAUAAUCAGAAUGUGGAUCAGAUUCUGUGGAAGAAUGCUUUCUAUCAGGUGAUUGAGAAGUUCAGGCAGCUUCUCAAGGAUCCAAAUAUUGAGAACCCAGAACAGAUUCGGAACAGACUCUUGGAGCUCUUGGAUGAGGGCAGUGACUUCUUUGAUAGUUUGCUUCAGAAGCUACAAGUUACUUACAAGUUUAAACUGGAGGAUUACAUGGAUGGUCUUGCCAUUCGCAGCAAGCCAUUAUGGAAGACAGUAAAAUACGCUUUGAUAAGUGCCCAACGAUGUAUGAUUUGCCAAGGCGAUAUAUCUAGAUAUCGGGAGCAAGCCAAUGAUACGGCAAACUAUGGGAAAGCACGCAGUUGGUACUUGAAAGCCCAGCACAUUGCUCCCAAGAAUGGACGUCCAUAUAAUCAGUUGGCUUUACUGGCAGUGUAUACGAGGAGGAAGCUUGAUGCUGUAUAUUACUAUAUGCGCAGUUUAGCAGCCAGCAACCCUAUCCUGACUGCCAAGGAAAGCCUCAUGAGCUUGUUUGAAGAGACCAAACGAAAGGCUGAACAGAUGGAAAAAAAGCAACAUGAGGAAUUUGAGCUGAGCCCUGAUAGGUGGCGGAAAGGAAAGAAAUCAACUUUCCGGCAUGUUGGUGAUGAUACCACUCGCCUAGAGAUAUGGAUUCAUCCAUCUCAUUCCCGAGCCUCCCAAGGCACUGAAUCUGGGAAGGAUUCUGAGCAGGAGAAUGGGCUGGGCAGCCUAAGUCCUAGUGAUCUGAACAAAAGGUUCAUCCUCAGUUUUCUCCAUGCCCAUGGGAAGCUGUUUACCCGGAUUGGAAUGGAGUCAUUCCCUGCAGUGGCUGAAAAAGUCCUCAAGGAGUUCCAGGUGUUGCUGCAACAUAGUCCAUCUCCUAUUGGAAGUACUCGAAUGCUGCAGCUAAUGACCAUCAACAUGUUUGCUGUGCAUAACUCCCAGUUGAAAGAUUGUUUCUCCGAGGAGUGUCGCUCUGUGAUCCAGGAACAAGCUGCAUCCCUGGGCUUGGCCAUGUUUUCUCUACUGGUGCAGCGCUGCACCUGCUUGCUUCAGGAGUCUGCCAAAGCUCAGUUGUCCUCUCCUGAGGACCAAGACGACCAAGAUGACAUCAAAGUGUCUUCCUUCGUCCCGGACCUGAAAGAACUGCUUCCCAGUGUGAAAGUCUGGUCAGACUGGAUGCUUGGCUAUCCAGACACUUGGAAUCCACCACCCACAUCUCUGGAUCUGCCCUCACAGAUUGCUAUAGAUGUCUGGUCAACACUGGCUGAUUUCUGUAACAUACUGACUGCCGUGAAUCAGUCUGAGGUGCCACUGUACAAGGACCCGGAUGAUGACCUCACCCUUCUUAUCCUGGAAGAAGAUCGGCUUCUCUCUGGCUUUGUCCCCUUGCUCGCUGCUCCUCAGGACCCCUGCUACGUGGAGAAAACCUCGGAUAAGGUUAUUGCAGCCGACUGCAAAAGGGUCACAGUGCUGAAGUAUUUUCUGGAAGCCCUUUGUGGACAAGAAGAGCCUCUGCUGGCAUUCAAGGGUGGAAAAUAUGUGUCAGUGGCACCCGUCCCAGACACCAUGGGAAAGGAAAUGGGAAGCCAAGAGGGAAAACAACUGGAAGAUGAGGAGGAAGAUGUGGUGAUUGAAGACUUUGAAGAAGAUUCAGAGGCUGAAGGCAGUGGAGGCGAGGAUGACAUCAGGGAACUUCGGGCCAAGAAGCUGGCGCUAGCCAGGAAGAUAGCUGAGCAACAGCGUCGUCAGGAAAAGAUCCAGGCUGUUCUUGAGGACCAGAGCCAGAUGAGGCAGAUGGAGCUGGAGAUCAGACCUUUGUUCCUCGUACCAGACACCAAUGGCUUCAUUGACCACCUGGCCAGUCUGGUGCGGCUGCUGGAGAGCAGGAAAUACAUCCUGGUGGUGCCCCUCAUCGUGAUCAAUGAGCUGGAUGGCCUGGCUAAGGGGCAAGAGACAGACCACCGGGCUGGGGGCUAUGCCCGUGUGGUACAAGAAAAAGCCCGGAAGUCCAUUGAGUUCCUUGAGCGGCGAUUUGAGAGUCGGGACUCUUGCCUACGGGCCUUGACCAGCCGUGGCAACGAACUUGAAUCCAUUGCCUUCCGCAGCGAGGACAUCACUGGCCAGCUGGGUAACAAUGAUGACCUGAUACUUUCCUGCUGCCUCCACUACUGCAAAGACAAGGCAAAGGACUUCAUGCCCACCAGCAAAGAGGAGCCAAUCCGCCUGCUGCGGGAGGUGGUGCUACUGACUGAUGACCGGAAUCUGCGUGUGAAGGCACUGACAAGGAAUGUGCCUGUGAGGGAUAUCCCAGCCUUCCUCACAUGGGCCCAGGUGGGCUGAGGGGGCCACAGUGGGGCCCAGCCCAUGGAACCAUUCCUGAGAGGCCACCAGGUGCCCAGUGUAGCACAGAAGAUGUCUACGUACCUGAGCUACCAAUCCACCCAGGCAAUAAACCAUCCUCUUCCAACCCACACCAUGGCCGUGCUGUGGGGAACUGCUCCUCACAGAGCCCUCUCCCCCAAGGGUCGGGUGGAAGCUGCUGGGACCCUCCUGGGCUGCCACGAUUAAGCAGGGAGGUAACUGGCUGUAAUGACAGCAGGUGGACAAGCCAGAUAGGCCACUGACCACUCAGUCUUUUUCCCUCCUGUCUAGUUCCAGGGCUGAGGAGAGGCUUGCUCACCCAGGGAUCUGGACACUUUCUCUAGUGGCAAUGAAGCAGUGAUUCUAGAGUUUCCAUCAGAUGCAGGUGAAAUCACAGGCCUCUUUUUAAAUAACUUCGGUUUUGAAGGUGACUGAGAGGCUUUGACUGUCUUGAAGAGUGUCCAGGGUGUCUCCAUCUCCCUGAGGCCUGGAUCCCCUGUGGACCCUGCUGUCCCUGACAGCAGCCCUGGUCCUCUACUUUGAACACACACACACACACACACACACCCUGCUGUUCUCUUCCUGUCCACAUCAUUGUACAUCUCUUACACUUUGCCCUUUGUGUUCUCCUUGACUAGCCAUGGGUCUAGAGUGAAGGGACAUCUGAUCUCAGCCCCAUGCUUCCUGGAUGGCCUUCACCUGUACAUCCUUGACCCUGUGCUCUGGUACACUCUUGCCAUCAAUAUCCCCUUAACUUCCUUCUCUUUCUGAUUGUUCCUUUCACACUCUCAAGGCCCCUCAGCUUCACCUCAGUUCCUUAUUGUGGGGCUUCUCAUUCUGAAUCUUCUUCCUCUGCUCCACCUGUGGCAGGAAGCAAAUAAAGCUUUCCAAGCUGGUGCAGGUCAUCCUGAAGGUUGAGUGAGCCCUGUGCUUUGGAGAACUGCCCACACUGGAGUGUUUACUAGAAUGGACAUGGGCCCCUUUAAGUCUUUUGCUGCUCCUUUACCUUGUACCACUGUUCACAGCCUCACUUAGGAGGUUCCUACUAGCAAAGAAUUCCUCCAGCCUACCAUCAUGAGUGAAGGGGGACUGAGAGAUAAGUCAGAAACUCCUGCAGAGGUAAAUCUUGAUGGGACCACUGGGCCACUGUUCCUGUCCCGCCUGCCUGCAGAGGGUCCUCUACCUUCCCUGGGAUCAGGACUGUGCCAGGAGGGUGCAGGAAAGCCCAGGACAGUAGUUUGAGCACGUGAGUCCCCAGGGACUAAGAAAUCAAAAGACAAACUUGUUUUGGUAUAGGAUGGGGUCCCUCUCCUUUGAGAUCCACCUCCUGGCUGUGAAGCCAGUGGCAGGGUGAGGAGAAAGCCCCUUCUUUCUGUCCCACUUGAAGCUCUGCUUUUGUUUCCUUAAAUAAAUUUUUAGUUGUGAAACACA